CUUACCUUUACCUUUAACUUCACCUCAACAAAUAUACUACCUUAUUAGAUAUCAAAUCACAUGGGCCUCAUCGACUUCAUCAAGGAGAUCCUCCGGCCGGGGAAUGGCGUGGAUUAUCCUCAAAAGGGCGACAUGGUGACGGUGCACUACCACGGCUAUUUACACGAUCCGUCGCGUUCCUGGGGAAGAGGACGGCGGUUUGAUAGUAGCAUUAAGCGAGGCAUUCCAUUCACCUUUCAGGUUGGCAUGGGGACGGUAAUCAAGGGAUGGGAGGUUGGCAUUCUGGGGAUGAGUCUGGGAGAAAAGAGUCUUCUUACUUUUGGACCUCACUAUGGAUAUGGAAGCAGGGGCGCUCCGCCGUUCAUCCCUGGGAACGCGAAUCUUGUCUUUGUCGUCGAGCUGCUGGCUAUCAACGGUCGUACUUGGGAGAGUACCUAA